AUGAACACAUUUGGAUGGCCAACUGCUACUUCAUCAUCGAAAGUAGUUGGAGGUACAACUAAUGAUGAUCAUACACAACAACAAGGUAAUACACCGGACUUUUCAAGAAUAGAUCCUCAAGCUGCUGCCGUUAAUGCUGUUAAUAGUGCUAAUUUACAACAACAGCAACAUCAUCAGCAUCGUCAACAACAAUUACAACAACAUCGUCAACAAGCUACAUUAAAUCAACAAACUGGUGGUGGAUUACAACCUCAACAAAUUCAACAACAAUUGGAUCAAUUACAACAAGCUCGACAAGCUCAACAACAACAAGUUAGUAAAUCUCAACAAUCUUCAUCUCAUUCAAAUGAUCAUUCUUCACCAGAAUCUUUAGAUGAAAACGGUAGUCCACAAGAUUCAACUAAAUUAAGAAAAUAUAAUCAUAGACCAAUAUCAACAACAAAAAGAGCUCAACAAAAUAGAAGUGCUCAAAGAGCUUUUAGACAAAGAAAAGAAAAAUAUAUUCAAGAUUUAGAAAUUAAGGCAAGAGAAUGUGAAGAAUUAAAACAACAAUUGGAAGAAUUAAGAAUUGAAAAUACUCAAUUAAGAGAUUAUACAUUAGCAUUACAAAGUAAAUUAAUAUCAGUUAAUUCAACAGGUAAUAAUAAUUCAAUUCCUGCUCCUCCUGCUUCAUUUAAUAAGAUUUAUGAAAAGUGA